AUGUACACUGAUAAUCAGUGUGCCCUGAUGGUCAGUGUGGCCCCAGAAGUGCCAUCCUGUCAGUGUCCAUCAGUGCCAGCAGUCAGUGCUCAUCAGUGCCUCGUGCCAGUGCCCAUCAGUGCCACAUCAAUGCCACAUAUCAGUGCCCAUCUGAGCUGCCUUUCAAUAUCACCCAUCAGUGCCAUGUCACCUAUCAGUGCCAGUCAGUGCCACCUAUCAGUGCCAGUCAGUGCCACCUAUCAGUGCCAGUCAGUGCUGCCUAACAGUGCCAGUCAGUGCCGCCUAUCAGUGCCAUGCCCAUCAGUGAUGCCUGUCAGUGCCCAUCAGUGCCACCUAUCAGUUCCCAUUACUACAGCUCAUUAGCGCACAUCAGUGAAGGAGAAAAAUCACUUAUUUACAAAAUUGUAUAA